AUGUUGCGGGAAGCUGUGUACAGUAUCGCGGGCUUCGUCCUGCUUGCCUACACGGCAGAAUGGAUUAUCUCACUACUCGACGACCCGAGGGAGCCCAAGAGACUACAGUCUAAAAUACCGCUCUUUGGUCACUUAUGGGGUAUGAUGAAGUAUAGUUCUGGUUACCAUGGAAUCACAAGCAAACAAACAAACGAGGAAAUGUACACAGUCGCCAUCUUCAACACAAAGCUCUACAUCGCGAAAACAUCCCGUCUCAUCCCUCUGAUCCAAAAGACAUCCAAGACUCUGUCCUUCCGACCAUUCAUGCAAACAGCCGCUAAGCUUAUGGGCGAUGCGAAACCCGAGACGUUCGAGGUUUUUGGGACAGAAUGGGUUGAUUCGUUUAGUCACGCUCAUAAGAACGGUCUUGCUACGGGACCGUUCCUUGAUGAGCAGAAUCUUCGAAUGGGAGAUCGUGCUUUGAUCGACAUUGAGCAACUUCUGCCGAAAGAGACAAAUGGGGUUUCAAAGGUCAACUUGCUGGAGUGGGCGCAGUAUGCUGUUGUUCAGGCUAGUGCUUGUGGAAUCUUUGGUGUCGAGCAUCCUUUUCUUGAUCCAAAGGUUGACCAAGCCUUUUGGAAAUGGCAAUCGUAUCUUCCUCUUCACAUGGUAAACCUCGACAUCACUGGCAAAGGGUACGCCGCCCGCCAAAUUGUCUUUGACGCUUUCCGCAAGUAUAACAGGAAUCUUCCCAGCGAUGUAUCAUUCAUCUACAAAGAGCGUCUCCGCUCAAUGAGGGAAGCUGGUAUCGAUGAAGAUGACAUUUGCAAGCAACAAGCUACUUUUGGAACUGCUGCUUUCGCCAACACUGUUCCGAUCAUGUACUGGACUAUCUACGAACUCUUCUCUCGACCGGAUCUUGUAGAAGAGGUGCGGAAAGAGGUUAUUGGGCAAGCUGUCAGUGGAGAUAAGGAAUCUGGCUUCCAAGUCGACGUCGCUGCUCUGAAGACUAAGUGUCCCUUGACUCUAUCCGUUUUCCAGGAGACUCAACGAUUAAGGCAUGUUCAUGCGAACAUCCGCAAAGUCACAGAAGACACCAUCCUCGACGGCAAAUAUCUCCUCAAAGCAGGCCACUACGUGAUGAUGCCCGGCCAACCCGUGCACACCAACGCAUCAACAUGGGGACCAACGGCUGACCAAUUCGAUCCAUAUCGCUUCACCAAAGACUCAUCAGACCGAAAAGCCAGCAGUUUUGUCGCAUGGGGCGCACCGCCUCAUCUUUGCCCGGCGCGCCAAUUCGCUACUACUGAGAUUCUUAUUGUGAUCGCGCUUUUGGCUGUGAGGAGCGAUAUUGCGCCUGUGAGGGGGGAGUGGGUGAAGAACCCGGCGCUGAACACGGGGGACAUGGCGACUGUUUAUACGCCGAAGAAGAGUGUGGAGGUGGAGGUUAGGAAGAGGGAGGAUUGGGAUGGAGAGUGGAGUUUGAGAAUGGGAGAGAGUAAGACGAGAAUUUCUCUUGCUUCUGGUUAA